AUGGCCUUCUUCCCAUCAGAAGACUUCUCCCUCGAUCCCCGCUUCAUCGAGCUCCAAGAAGAGCUCCGCACAGUCCUUUUCGCGGGUCUGUCUGGCCUAUCACCCAGCGCAUCAGUCACACCCGAAGCAGACUCGUCAUCACCACCAACAUCAUCCCUCAACCUCUCCAGCGUAACAGUCAAUGUCCCUAAUGAUAGAUUAAUAUGCUAUCUUCAGAACUGGGUUACAGAAUGUGCGCCAUACCUGGACAAGUUUGAUGAGGAUAAGCAUUUCCAGAUCCACGUUCCGCUUAUGGCGCAAAAGAGCCCGGCGCUGUUAUAUGCCAUGCUUGCGUUUUCAUCACGCCAGAUGGAACGGAGAGGAUUGACGCAGGAAGGUGGUUGUGAUAGUCUUGAGUUGUAUCAGGAGAGCAUUAGGCUUUUGAGUCCUGGAUUACAAGCCAAGGACCCUAAUAUGCUUGUUACGGCCUGCAUUCUUGCAGUUUUUGAACUCAUGUCUGGCGGUUCCAAGAAUUGGAAGCGUCAUGUCGAGGGCUGCGCGUCGCUGUUUGAGUUCUUUGGAGUUGAUGGUUUCUCCGGUGGCCUACCGCAAGCUGUCUUCUGGUGCUAUGCGAGGAUGGAGUUGUGUGGAGCAAUUAUAUCUGAUGGCACAGAAACAGCUGUUCUUCCUCUGUCAAAAUGGGCUCCAUCACCACCCGAGUCGUUGGUAUCAUCUGAACAAGCCGAGCGAUAUGUGCGGGACAUGUUUCAUCGAAGGAGCCGAGACUGUCCAGACAUGCAGGCUAACUGGGCUAUUUAUCUCUGCACAAAAGUCUGCGAUCUUAAAUUUCGAAGAACACAGAGUCUAGAACUCGGGAGGAUAGACGUUCAAGAUGACAGACCGUUUCAAGAACAAUGGCAACAGCUCUGGAACGAGCUCCAAUACUGGCUUGACGAGCGCCCGGCAACAAUGAAGCAAAUCAGUAUGGUCGAAGCAGGCGACAAACAGAUAUUUCCAGCCAUGCUCUUCCCCCACUGGGCAGCUAUCUCGAGUAAUCAGAUCUAUCACACUGCAUGUAUUCUCAUGCUGGAAAUGCGUCAUGACUUAGACUCUCAGUGCUUGGCGCUGUGGCAUGCACGACAAGUCUGUGGAAUCUCCUGCGCAAACCUUCAUCCCGGAAGUCUUGUAAACUCUAUACAGCCACUCUAUAUAGCUGGGAAGCUCUUUUCACAUGUUAACGAGAGAAAGCAGAUUGCCAGGUUGUUAAAGAGCAUUGAUAGGACGACGGGAUGGGGAGCUUUGUGGAGGUUGACGGAUCUUGAGGCUGAAUGGGGCUACGACGUUGGCGCGCUGCUAAAGACGCUGUAA